UGGCUUCGUUCGAUGAAGAGUUGGCUGUGAUGGCAACAGUGGCAGGCGGCAAUCGGUUUUGUUUUGAAAAACAAAGAACGUCAUUUACUGCAAAAAGUGACGCUCACAACCUCAAAACUAUCGUGGUUUUCCAAUCCACUCGGCUCGUCUAAACUUCUUGUCAUCAUGAACACAUCAAAUGAAGUAGCAGCAGCAGCUUGUCCUGUGUGCUCCAAAGACUUUCCAUUAAAGGAGAUAGAAAUCCACGUCAAUAAGUGUUUGUUUUUAAACGCGCCCGAACCUGAAUCACCGUCUUCCUCAUCGAAACGUCCAAGUUUUUCAGUCGAAGAACCAAAUCCGAAGAGGCUUAAAGUUGUCGAAAACAAUGGCACUCCUCAGGUGCAUAACUCAAAGACCGAAGAAGUUUCACCCCAUAAUUCGAAGAAGGCUUCCAUAACAUCUGGCAUACCACUUGCUGAACAGGUGAGACCAGAAUGUUUAGACGAGUAUGUUGGACAGGAUCAUGUGCUUGGAGGCGACAAAAUAUUACGUAUGCUUCUUGACAAACAUGACAUUCCAAGUAUGAUUCUGUGGGGGCCUCCAGGAUGUGGCAAGACCACACUUGCUCAUGUCAUAGCUUCCCGGAGCAAGCUCCGUCAGGGAACAAGAUUUGUCAAAUUAUCAGCUACAAUGUCAGGGGUAAAUGAUGUCAAAGAGGUUGUAAAAAUUGCCUCUAAUGAGAAGCGUAAUUUCAAACGUCGGACCAUUCUCUUCAUGGAUGAGAUUCACCGCUUCAACAAAUUACAACAGGAUAUAUUUCUUCCCCAUGUUGAAAAUGGUACAAUUAUAUUAAUUGGGGCCACUACAGAAAAUCCCUCCUUCAGUCUGAACUCGGCCCUUCUCAGUCGCUGCAAAGUGUUUGUUUUAGAGAAACUGCAGUCAGAAAAUUUAUUCUUAAUUUUGAAAAGGGCAUUGAAUGCCCUUGGGUGCAGCAUUGUUGCUGGAGAAGAUGACAGUACCCACUCCUCUGAUGAUGACAGCUCUGAAGAGGAAAACUGUGCUAAGAGAUGGUCCAUCGAAAGGAAAUCUGUUCAGUGGUUGGCUGAUAUGUGUGAUGGGGAUGCUAGAAAUGCUCUUAACAGUCUUCAGAUGGCUUUGCAGGCCAAAAUUAAUGAUGAUGGAGAAAGCCAUAUCUCCUUAGGGGAUAUUCAGGAAGGGAUUAAGAGGUCUCACCUUUUGUAUGACAAAAAAGGAGAUGAACACUACAAUAUUAUAUCUGCGGUGCACAAAUCCAUAAGAGCGUCUGAUGCAAAUGCUGCUCUCUACUGGGUUACAAGGAUGCUUGAAGGAGGUGAAGAUCCUGUGUUUGUUGGACGCCGUCUUGUGAGAGCAGCUGCAGAGGACAUUGGUUUGGCGGACCCAUCAGCACUUCCCAUGGCAGUGGCGGCCAUGCAGGGCUGCCAAUUGCUGGGAAUGCCCGAGUGUGAUGUCAUUUUGGCUCAGUGCGCUGUUUAUCUCGCAAGGGCCCCGAAGUCCCAGGAGGUGUACCGAGCUCUGCUCGCAGCAAAGCAAACUAUAUCCAAUCAGAAGGGACCCCAACCAGGUGUUCCACUUCACCUUCGCAAUGCAACUAGCAAGUUGGCUAAGGAAUUGAAUUGGGGGAAAAACUACAACAUGAGGCAUAAAGACAUUUCAGGUCUUACUUACAUGCCAGAAGGUUUGGAAAAUGUUGAUUUCUUCCAAAGGCAUUGAAACAACAGAUAUUUUUGUAAUAUCAUGAUUUAAUCAUUCUAAUUAAAAUGUUCAGCAGCGUU